UAAAUCAGAAGCACUACAAGCUUAACACUUUACACAACAACAUAGCAAAAAUUUAAAUAAACAUUUUACAGUCCGGUGCUCAACAUGGAAGACAUGAACAAUGAUCUAAUGCAAGAGAUUCGCGCGGCAUUUCAGAUAUUCGAUCCCCACAACACUGGCAAGAUCACCAGCGAACAGAUGGGGAAAGUAAUGCAAAAUCUUGGACAUUUCCCAACGGAAGCCGAGCUGUACGACAUGAUCGAUGAAAUCGAUUUGGAUGGCGAUGGGGAAAUCGACUUUUAUGAGUUUCUACAUAUGAUGAUCAGACACUCGGAGAGCUUGACCAAGGACGAGAAUCUAAUGGUGGCAUUCAAAUUGUUUGAUCGCGACGAUGAUGGCUUCAUAUCGCCGCUCGAGCUGCGCAAUGUGAUGUACAAUCUGGGGGAACGUUGCACCGAGGAGGAGUUUAAUGAUAUGAUGAAGGAAAUCGAUUUCGAUAAUGAUGGCAAACUCAGUUUUCAGGAGUUUGUUAAUGGCCUUAAGAAUUGAAUUAAAUCAAAAUUAUAAAAGCGCAAUUAAAUGAAAGCAACACA